AUGUCCAUGUCCAUGUCACUAUCCUUGAAUAAUUCCAGUGUAGGCGGUAAGGAAAUCAUGGUUUUAUAUAGCAACGGGUCUCAUUUGGAGCAGUUCAGGUUCCAUAGAAGUCUGGUAAUGGGAGUUGGAGCUAGUAAACUCAGUAGAAUUUUCUUAGGCCAUGUAAGUAGGCAUCAGAAAAGAUCGUAUUCGGUCCCAAAGGGAUACAUUCCAGUACACGUGGGCGUAGAUGACAAGAUGAAGCGGUUCAUGGUCCAUCGAACUUCGCUCAGCGACGCAGAUUUCAUCGAGCUUCUUAGCAAAUCUGCCGACGAAUAUGGCUUCCGUAACCCCGGCGUUCUUACGAUUCCAUAUGAUGCGAAGAUCUUCGAGGAAUGCAUGCUUAGUAGAGCUAAUUGGAAGAUGAUUAUGGUUAGAAAUUGA